AUGGAUUUCCUGCGGCAAGUGGCGGUGGAUCUGCACGCGCUGCGGACCGAGGCCAAGCGCAAGUACCCAGUCGUGAAGGAGGCAGUGGACCGUGCGCUUGAGGUGCUGCCUCUCUUGCAGCAGCAGUACGCGGCGCUCGUGCGUACCGAGAAGCUCGCGCCAGGUCCCGGCCACAGUUUUUUCCAGAGCGAGAGCGUCUUGCGGCCGUUUCUAUUGACGUGUAACCACACGAACGCGUCCCACAAGAUUCUCGUGCUCGCACUGUCGAGUAUCCAGCGCCUCGUGAGCUGGGACGCCAUUGAACCGGCCAGUGUGGGCAGCAUCCUCCGGGUUUUGCAGAUCCAGGCCGAGAAAACCGCGUACACAGACGUGCAGGUUAAGUUACUGCAGACGGUCUUGCAGCUUAUGACGCUCGCGUACGAGGCGACGAACCGGAAAAAGGGUGCAGCUGUAGCGCGGACUGGUCAACGACAACUAGAGAACGAGCUUGUGGGAAAUGAAGAUAUGGUGAUGCAAGCUGUGUGGAUAUGUGUACAUCUUCACGAAAGCAGUGGCAGUGCUAGUUCAGUGGUGGGGAACACAGCAGCGAUGACGAUCCGGCAGCUGGUGUCGCUUGCAUUUAGCCAAGUUGACUCAAGUCCAGCAGCUAAACGUGUCGGCGUGCUGCUAUUCCAGGAUCUGUGCUUUAUCAGUCGAGAAGAGAGCGGUGUGUGGCUAAAACGCACGGCUGUGUCGCCGAUGAGUGCGGCGUUAGCGGUCGAGUUACUUGAGACGAUCGUGGCGUCCCACAAAGGGCUCUUUCGCCUUGAUGUCGAGUUUACGACUGUUUUGAAGCAGCAGAUGGUUCCAUUGAUGCAGUCAGUGCUGGAAAUGAGCUGCAAUGAUAAGCAUGGCGGGUCUGCAGGCUCAGGUAUUACAGGACCGACGAACACGUCAAUCACCAGCAGCAGCACAAAUGGCGCAGCGGGUCCAUUCUUCCCGCUGCUCGCUCGUGGUAUGCGUCUUGCGAGCACACUUUUGUGCCAUUUUGCCGACUGUCUUGUUGGCGAGUGCGCUUCGAUUUUGCACGCGCUGUUAGAAAUUAUUGCCACAGGGACGUACACUAUGGACGUCUCCAAAGGACCACAAUCAUUAUCGAAUUCGUCACCGAGUUUGUCGAAGUCACCUCGAGCUUUAUCAAAGUCACCGCCUGACUCCAAAUACAAUGCGGCAAACGCGAUCGCGAAUUUCAAGGAGGCCAAGAGCUUUUUGGCCCACUCGAAUUUGUCAAUCGCUGGUGCGUCCAACGCAUCUGGCAGUACAGGAGGGAGUAUCAAUUUUGUGACUUGGCCCGUUCUGCUAUCGCUGGAAGUUUUGAACCGCGUGUGUCAGGAGCCUGACGUGGUUGCCGCAAUGGUAAGCUACCCUGAUGGUGUGCUGGUUGCUAUCACCCGCACGACAUCAUCGGUAAUCAUGACAUCACCACCAUCCGAUUUUAAACCUCAAGGUCCGGAUGCAACUGCACUUCGCUCUGGUCUUGAGUUGCUGAACGAGCAAGAAACACCCGUGCUCCAGCAGUUUUACAUGGCUGUCCGGGUUGCCGCUUCGUGCCAGUGCAACAUGGCGGCCUCCGUUUUCGAGCUGUCGAGAUCUACCGCCAACGAAAAAGUGUGUGAGAAGCUGGCUAAAGCGUGCGUUGCCGUAGUGGCCCCUGCAGUAGUUAAGUCUAUGAACUGCGUGAUGCGACACUGUCGUGAGGUGGACCUCGUCACCAUGUCUCUCAAAGCAUACCAUGUACUAGCUACGAUCGCGUCGAGGCUUCGAGCAAACAUGCAGGGCCAAACCGCAAGGAACACGUGGCGUAAGCCGAUGGAUGAGGUGGUGCUGACUUGUUUACGAGUAUUAUGUGGAUUCUCCUUCCCCUUACCGGAUGGGAUUCGAGGAAACACAAAAGCAUCGAUAUCAACGACUGGAUCGGGCAGCAGUGGAUCCAGUGACACCGUAGGCGAAAGUGGGGCGGAUGAUAGCGAAAGUUGCCUUGUGACGAUCAGCUAG